UAUAUAGUACUGAACAAGCAAGCAAACUUGUACUGAGAGUUUGAGCCUCUGAGAGUACUGAAGAGAAUAUAUCAGAGUUGGUGGUCGAGUUUGGCGAGGUCUCUGGUGGAGGGUUCUGUCAGCAGGUCCUAUAUGCUCUGAGCUCCGGAAAAGGUAAUCUUGCAGUGAGGCUGGUGAGUGGACCCCAUUUCCCCGUUGGUUUUCCGCAUGAUCUGGAUUUCUCUGACACUUCUUUCUCUUUCUUUUUUGAUAAAUCUUAAGCGUUCAUGUUUGAACAUUCUCUUUUUAUCAUGUACAUAUUAAAACCGCAGAAAAGUUCAACUAGGUAUAAUCCUGCUGGGAUAACCUAUCAUCGCCGGUUUUCAAAAUCCUAAGAAAGUUUGUUCCGAGAAGGAAGGGAAGAUGGCGGAGAUGGUGCUAAACAUGGCAAGGUCCCUGCUGAGAAGUGCUUUAAGCAAGGCGGGAUCAGUUGUUGUGGAUGAGAAUGAGAUGAGCUUGCUACUGGGAGUGCGGAAGGAGAUAUGGUUCAUCAAAGACGAGCUAAAAACAAUGCAAGCAUUCCUUAUAGAUGCUGAAAUUAUGGAGAAAAAACACAAGCUGCUGAAGGUGUGGGUGGAGCAAGUAAGGGAUCUGUCAUAUAACAUUGACGAUUGCCUUGAUUCGUUUAUGGUCCACGUAGGGAACCAAAGCCUGUCACAGCAGUUGAUGAAGCUCAAAGAUCGCCAUCGGAUUGCUGUCCAGAUUCGCGACCUCAAAUCAAGGGUUGAAGAAGUGAACAACAGAAAUAUACGGUACAAGUUAAUCGAGCCCAACACCGAGAAGCUGGAUUCCAACAUGGAAGAUGUUCGCAAUAUGUCAGCCAGGAACUGAUGAGACUGGCCUUGUGGGUUUUGACAACCCGAAAGAAGACUUCCUUAAGUUGAUCGAUAUUCAUGCAAACCAUGGCCUUCAUCAAGUAAUUUCUGUGGUUGGUAUGGGAGGUUCUGGGAAGACAACUCUUGUU